GGAUUUUAUGUAUAUUCAGCAUAAUUUUGUGGCCUCUCUUUUGGUCUGGUAUUCGCUUAAGAGUCCUCUGCUUAUAAUGUUUCAGUAAGUGUUCUUAUGCUGGAGUGCCAAGACCAACGCUGGAACUUGGAAUAUUUGAAAUCAAAUAAAAUAACUUAAAAGAGUUGAUAUUACCAAGACUCCUUACAUUAAAUUACCUUCGUUUUGGACAUGCGAAACAUCGAACAUGAGUAUUCAUUCAUGUUUGAAUACUCUGGUUACCGCAGUAAAUUCAUCGGAAUGCCCUACGACAGGGAGUUUGAGAUAAUGUGGCAGCAGAUUGGCGAAGAACUCCGUUCGAGACACAAUCGAUUUGUGGGCAUGCCCUUCGAUAGUGGAUUUGAACGGAUGUGGCGCCAAAUCGGAGAAGAUUUAAAGCGAGAUCAGGAGAUAGUCGACUUCGCACUCGGCUUCCAACGGAAUUUAACCCUCUACGAAAAGGAGGAAGCGGUUGUCGGCCCACUUGAGUCUUUUAUUGAACGCAGAUAAAAUAUAUUCAAUUUUAUUGAAAGGCAUGUUAUUGUUAAAAGUACGUAUGUAUGUCUAUUAAGUAUGCAUUGUAAAGAUUACGAUCGGUUUGGUUAAAAUAAUUUAUUGUUUCGGAAUUGGUUUCAAAGUCGAAUAAGUUAAGCGGUAACUUGCAUUCGAUUGGAAAAAAAGGUAA